GAGAGACAAAGGGGAAAACAGCAAAUGAGGGUCACUGGGGUUUUCCACUGUGUAGGAUCAGAAAAGACAUGAGCAGUAGGUAAUUCAGCGUGAGGAGGGGAAACAAAUCUUUAGUCACAGCCAGCUCAGACGUCAGAUAGAGAGUGGAGACAGAAGAACGUCACACACAGAGACGACUUAAACUCUGAUAGUUUACACAAAGGCGGAGGACUAUAAUCGUAUGGGCUACAGAUGGCUGAGAUGAACUGCACCAGUAACCAGUACCUCAAAAACGGCAGAUGCUGUGAUCGCUGUCCUGCAGGGACAUACCUAAAAACUGAUUGCAAUGGCAAUAGGGGCACAGAGUGUGCCACAUGCCAGCCUGGGACCUACAUAGACACGAUCAAUUACUUGUCGAAUUGCCAUACCUGCAGACCGUGUCAUUCCAGUAACAACCUGGUGACAGUGAAAAACUGCACAGCUACACAGAACACAGUGUGUAAGUGUGAGACAGGUUUCUACUGUGUUAAUGAAGAGUGUGAACACUGCUUCCCAGUGAGUGGUUGCCCUCCUGGCUCCGGGGUCAAAUCUCAAGCCACUCGCACAACUAAUACAGUCUGUACUGAAUGUGGAAAUGGAACCUUCAGCAACGUCACAGAUUUCCACUCACCCUGCACAGCACAUACCAGAUGCGACCUUUAUGGGAGACAUGUGAAAACUGAGGGCACCUCAAUGACUGAUACCAUCUGUGGGAACUUCAAAUUCAAUUGUCACUGGAUGUUACCUGCAGGCCUGUGGUCAGGACUCGUGUUCACCUUACUCAUCGUGUUUGUUGUCCUCCUCCUCUGGAGGGUCAAACGCAAAUCAUACAAAGCAGUGAGCUCCAGCAUUCCUGUCAACUUGGUGGAGAUGGUCCCAGCGCCACCCGUCUGCCCCUCCGAGCAGUCCUCACACUGCCAAGAGACCUGCACCAUCAAUGACCUCAAAUUAACUCUUUUUGACCAAGAUGACACUCCAGUCAUAUCUGACAUAAAUCACAGCCUGAUCAGCAGGCUUCCCAAACCUCUACUGAAGGCUUCAGUUUCCUUUGUUGAAUCCAGUCACAUCAAUGGAAACUCGGGAUACUGCACUGGCAACUUCAUCCGGUCCCACUCAGAGCCACAGGAGGACGAGUGGUGGGGGACAACUGAUUAAAGAUUGCUUGUCCCUCUCCGGACUGGAGACACUGCAGCUAUUUUUGUGACCCUCGGACUGGAGCUAUUUAUUACUUUUUUUUUAAAAAAAAAAAAAGAAAAAGAUUUUCAGGUGAGUUGAGGUGAUGGUUUGCUGCCACCUUCAGGACUUUCAUGAGAACAGCAGCUCUUUACUUGAGUAAUUACUCUUGAUGUGAAUCAGUCUAAAUAAAGGAGCUUCACAAGUAAACUCAGCACUGUCUGCUCUGUAGCAACAGUUCAGUGCUGUCUGUAUUUUCUUACUGUCAGGAAAUCGUAAAUAGUAAAAUAUGUUAUACUUAUUCCUCUGCAGCAGACACCUCCACGCGUGGUCUAGUGGAGGGAGGCACAUUGACAUACUGGAUUACAUGUUUCUUUGCUAUCUUUCUGCCACCCCACUGCUGCUGUAUAUGUACUGUGAAUGCAUAAACAUUUGCAACAGAAAACCCGCAUCACUCAGCCAUAACAUAAUGACCACCUGGCUUUGACCCCUGGUGAAGUGAAUAACACUGGCUAUCUCAUUACGAAGGCACCUGUCAGACGGUGGGAUAUAUUUGGCAGCAGCUGAACAUUUUGUACCUCAAAGUUGACGUGUUAGAAGUAGGAAAAACGUGAGAGACUUUCACAAGGUUCAGACUAGUAUGACUAGACGACCGGUCCUGUGUUGUGUCUGCAUCGGUCAUUGCUUGUGAAAAGUGAUCCAACCAUAAGCACAUGGGCAUGCCUUAUGUGUAAGUACCAGGAUAGAGGAGUCAGUGGACCGUUCCAUCGUAAUCAGAUCAUAAAGGUUAAUCACUUCUGCAGUUCGUGGUUUUAAUGUUGUGGCUGAACCCAAGUGAAGCAGAAAAAAAGGACUUAAGCAGGGACAAGCUAGUGAAAUCAGAAAGCACUUAAUAGACGAAAUAAAUAGGUGUUGGAUUUUGUGGUGCUUGCUUUAAUGUAAACUGUCUUUUUUUUGUAAAUGUACUUUUAAAUUAUGUUUACUUUAACUUAUAUUGUCUCACCUUCAGUCAGCUAUUUAGGUUCAGAUAUGUACAUUUAGACCACAUUUAGAGUGAACUGUAAUGCAUUUUUUUUAUGAAUGGUUUUCAGUAUUUAUGAAAGUGUUUUGGGAUAUUUCCAUCUGAAACUUCCUAUGUUGUGAUGCAUUGAAGACACAGACAGAGGGAAACAUGUCAGAUGUGGGAACUGUUUAUAACAUUGUGAAGACAGUGCAAUAUGAGGAAGUUGGGAAUGUUUACAAAGCCAUUUUGCUCUUUUGCAAUCUUCUGUUCUUCUGUUAUUGCCACCAGGCCGGACACAGUAUGACAGUAUUUUCACAAACAUUGAGCCUUAUUCUGAUCCUUCAAAAUGAUAUUGAUUGUAAUAAAACUGCUACAGAUGUGGCUGUAUUAUUGUGACA